CUUUUUUUCUAUAAAAACAUAUCAUUGGAGCCUACGAUCUUCAUCUGCCAUAGGAAACCAUAUCCCUUAGGCAUGAUGUCCUUCCUACAGAAACCAUUCUCAAAGUUUCUCCAAGUCCUUUUUUUUCUCCUAAUGUGCAUUCCUUCUUUCUUUGCCUUUCCUCCUAAUUUCUCUGCAACUUCAUUUGGUGCUGUCAAAUAUGUAGCUGCUGAAGAUAAUAAAGAAGCGGAGGCUCUCCUAAAAUGGAAAGCAAGUCUUGAUGACAACCACAGCCAAUCUGUCCUGUCUUCUUGGGUUGGCAGCAGCCCUUGCAAGUGGCUUGGGAUCACUUGUGACAAUUCUGGAAGUGUCGCGGAUUUCAGCCUUCCAAAUUUUGGUCUGAGAGGUACACUUCAUAGUUUCAACUUCUCAUUCUUCCCCAAUCUUCUCACUAUCAAUCUCGGGAACAAUUCACUCUACGGAACUAUUCCACUUGAGAUAGGAUUGUUAACAAGUCUUAACUUUCUCUACCUUGAUAAAAAUAAUCUCACUAGUAGGAUCCCUUUUUCUAUUGGAAAUUUGAGAAACUUAUUCAUUCUCAAUCUCAAGGAUAACAAACUCUCUGGUUCCAUCCCUUCUUCUAUUGGGAACAUGACUUUGCUCAGUCGACUUCAUCUGAACAAUAAUAAUUUAUCUGGAUCUGUUCCUCGGGAAAUAGGACAACUUGAAUCCCUUGUUGAAUUGAAAUUGUCUUCAAAUAAUUUCACUGGCCAUUUACCACGAGACUUGUGCCUUGAUGGGUUGCUUGUAAAUUUUACAGCCGCCAACAAUCAUUUUUCUGGUCCAAUCCCUAAAAGCUUGCGAAAUUGCACUAGUCUAUUUAGAUUUAGGCUUGACUGGAACCAAUUGACAGGGAAUAUUUCUGAAGAUUUUGGCCCCUACCCAAACUUGAACUAUGUGGACCUAAGUCACAAUUAUUUGUAUGGUGAGCUUACGUGGAAAUGGGGAGGUUUUCACAACUUGGCGAGCCUAAAAUUGUCAAACAAUAAUAUCUCCGGUGAGAUACCAUCAGAGCUUGGAAAGGCGACUGGGCUACAAAUGAUUGAUCUCUCGUCAAAUCUCCUAAAGGGGACAAUUCCAAAAGAAUUGGGGCAGUUGAAGGCAUUGUACAACCUUACUCUUCAUAACAACUAUCUUUUUGGUGUCAUUCCCUUUGAGAUCCAAAUGCUAUCUCAACUUCGUGCCCUUAAUUUAGCUUCUAAUAAUCUUGGUGGAUCAAUCCCAAAAAAACUGGGACAGUGCUCCAAUUUAUUACAGUUGAACUUGAGUCAUAAUAAGUUCAUAGGGAGCAUCCCAUCUGAGAUAGGCAGCCUACAUUUUCUUGGAGAUCUAGAUCUCAGUGGGAAUCUACUGGCAGGAGAGAUACCAUCACAAAUUGGGCAAUUGAAACAGUUAGAAACGAUGAACCUCUCUCACAACAAACUUUCCGGUUUGAUUCCAACUGCUUUUGUAGAUUUGGUGAGCUUGACGACUAUAGACAUCUCCUACAAUGAACUCGAGGGCCCUAUCCCCAAAAUCAAAGGCUUCAAUGAAGCUCCAUUUGAAGCUUUUAUGAAUAAUAGCGGUCUCUGUGGAAAUGCCAGUGGCCUAAAGCCUUGUACACUUCUUACAAGCAGCAGCAAGGUAGCUAAGAGAAAGAGCAACAAAAUUGUCAUUUUGAUUCUUGUUCCCCUCCUGGGCAGUCUACUUCUACUACCUAUCAUGGUUGGGUGUUUAUACUUUCCCAACCGGAAACGUAGAGAAAGAAUUUCCUGUUUAGGAGAGCGACAAAGUCCACACGGUUUUGUAGUAUGUGGCCAUGAGGAAGAGAUCCUACAUGAAAAAAUCAUCCAGGCCACUAAUAAUUUCAACUUCAAUAACUGCAUUGGGAAAGGGGGAUAUGGAAUUGUUUAUCGAGCAAUGUUGCCAACAGGUCAGGUGGUUGCGGUGAAGAAACUUCACCCAUCAAGAGAUGGCGAGCUUAUGAAUUUGGGAACUUUUAGAAAUGAGAUUC